AUGCUUCCUCACAAACUUCAUAAGGUUUCAGGCAAGUUAUCCCUGACACCCAGCUGGAGUCGUUGCUCUCAGUGCCAGAGGACAGCCCACCAGGAUACAGUGCCAGAGGGCAGCCCACCAAGACACAGUGCCAGAGGGCAGCCCACCAAGAUACAGUGCCAGACGGCAGCCCACCAAGAUACAGUGCCAGAGGGCAGCCCACCAAGAUACAGUGCCAGAGGGCAGCCCACCAAGAUACAGUGCCAGAGGGCAGCCCACCAAGACACAGUGCCAGACGGCAGCCCACCAAGAUACAGUGCCAGACGGCAGCCCACCAAGAUACAGUGCCAGAGGGCAGCCCACCAAGAUACAGUGCCAGAGGGCAGCCCACCAAGAUACAGUGCCAGACGGCAGCCCACCAAGAUACAGUGCCAGAGGGCAGCCCACCAAGACACAGUGCCAGAGGGCAGCCCACCAAGAUACAGUGCCAGACGGCAGCCCACCAAGAUACAGUGCCAGAGGGCAGCCCACCAAGAUACAGUGCCAGAGGGCAGCCCACCAAGAUACAGUGCCAGAGGGCAGCCCACCAAGACACAGUGCCAGACGGCAGCCCACCAAGAUACAGUGCCAGACGGCAGCCCACCAAGAUACAGUGCCAGAGGGCAGCCCACCAAGAUACAGUGCCAGAGGGCAGCCCACCAAGAUACAGUGCCAGACGGCAGCCCACCAAGAUACAGUGCCAGAGGGCAGCCCACCAAGACACAGUGCCAGACGGCAGCCCACCAAGAUACAGUGCCAGAGGGCAGCCCACCAAGAUACAGUGCCAGAGGGCAGCCCACCAAGACAGUGCCAGAGGGCAGCCCACCAAGAUACAGUGCCAGAGGGCAGCCCACCAAGAUACAGUGCCAGACGGCAGCCCACCAAGAUACAGUGCCAGAGGGCAGCCCACCAAGACACAGUGCCAGACGGCAGCCCACCAAGACACAGUGCCAGACGGCAGCCCACCAAGACACAGUGCCAGAGGGCAGCCCACCAAGACACAGUGCCAGAGGGCAGCCCACCAAGCCACAGUGCCAGACGGCAGCCCACCAAGCCACAGUGCCAGACGGCAGCCCACCAAGCCACAGUGCUAGACGGCAGCCCACCAAGCCACAGUGCCAGACGGCAGCCCACCAAGCCACAGUGCCAGAGGGCAGCCCACCAAGCCACAGUGCCAGAGGGCAGCCCACCAAGCCACAGUGCCAGACGGCAGCCCACCAAGCCACAGUGCCAGACGGCAGCCCCCCAAGACACAGUGCCAGAGGGCAGCCCACCAAGCCACAGUGCCAGACGGCAGCCCACCAAGACACAGUGCCAGAGGGCAGCCCACCAAGCCACAGUGCCAGAGGGCAGCCCACCAAGAAACAGUGCCAGAGGGCAGCCCACCAAGAUACAGUGCCAGAGGGCAGCCCACCAAGAUACAGUGCCAGAGGGCAGCCCACCAAGAUACAGUGCCAGAGGGCAGCCCACCAAGAUACAGUGCCAGAGGGCAGCCCACCAAGAUACAGUGCCAGAGGGCAGCCCACCAAGAUACAGUGCCAGAGGGCAGCCCACCAAGAUACAGUGCCAGACAGCAGCCCACCAAGACACAGUGCCAGAGGGCAGCCCACCAAGAUACAGUGCCAGAGGGCAGCCCACCAGGAUACAGUGCCAGAGGGCAGCCCACCAAGCCACAGUGCCAGAGGGCAGCCCACCAAGAUACAGUGCCAGACAGCAGCCCACCAAGAUACAGUGCCAGACGGCAGCCCACCAGGAUAG